CCCCUCCUUAUCUAAGCGGGGACUCCGUUUUGAGCCUCGGCCCUCUAAAUUCUGAGGGAGAGAAAUUUUCCGAGAACCACGCUUUCCACUUUCCAGACAUUCCUCGUUUUUCUGUUCUUUUCUUUCUCUCCAAACACGUAACAACCAACCAACCAUGGCGGGAAUGGCUACCUUCAAUCUCUAUUCGGCCUCUUCCAUCUUCAGCCGUCCAUCACCAUCAUCAACGAUUUCCUCACUCUCGCUCUCAUCCAAGCCUUCCGUUCUUCCAAUGCGGGGUCUUCGUGGAAAGCCCAGAUUUCAGAAGAUUUAUGCACUGUCUAGCAACGAUAUCAAAGUGGGUUCCAACAUUGAAGUAGACGGCGCUCCUUGGAGAGUUCUGGAGUUUCUUCAUGUAAAACCUGGAAAAGGAGCAGCAUUUGUGAGGACCAAGAUGCGUAAUUAUGUAACAGGAAACACGGUUGAGAAAACUUUUCGAGCUGGAGUUUCGAUUGAUGAGGCAGAUGUAUUCAAGGAAACAAAACAAUUCACAUACAAAGAUGGCUCUCAGUUUGUCUUCAUGGACCUGAAUACAUAUGAAGAAGUUCGUCUUAAUGCAUCAGAUGUUGGGGAUAGGAUGAAGUAUCUAAAAGAGGGAAUGGACUGCAUUGUGCUACUUUGGAAUGGAAAAGUUAUUGAUUUUGAAGUGCCCAUUACAGUCAAGUUGACUGUGGUUGAUGUAGAUCCUGGACUUAAAGGCGACACAACUCAAGGUGGGUCGAAGCCAGCCACUCUCGACACCGGUGCGGUUGUUACUGUCCCAUUGUUUGUAAAUAUAGGUGAUGAAAUAUUGGUUGAUACAAGAACAGGACAAUACAUGAGCCGUGCAUGAUUUUUACAUCAGAGCUCUCCUGUCACCAGCAACAGCUAUAUUUUUGCAUUUUCAUUUUAUUAUGCGAGAGUUAUACCUUCAUUUGGGGCUAGGAAUGUUCAUCAAGCUUAGCUUAGCAAAUGGUUGUUAAUGUUAAAUUGUGCUUUCGUUCGUUGACUUGAAAACUUUUAUAGGCUGUAAUUUCGAUUUGUAUUAGGAGAGAAAAUUAUUAGUUAUCCAAA